CGGCCAGUGCGGCCGCUGUGAUUGGACUGUGAGCGGGACGUCUGCUGCUCGGCGGGUGUCGCUGUGCUGAGGCCGGGAGUACUACCGGACGCGGCACGACCCAGUCUCGCAGCUGCUCGAGUGACGCCCGGAGCUGGCGUGACGCGCUCCGAGUGACGGUCCGUCACCGGGUGGCCUUUGGCGUACUCCCGACUACUACACCUGAGCCGACGAGCUGUGUAUGUGUGUCAGUAGAAUGCCGAGCGGUGACUGGUGGGCUCAGUUUCCAGCCGCAGUGACUUGCUCCCCGGUCCCGGCUGAGUCGCUGGAUGGCUCCGUCCACAGUGUUUGUUGACGGCCGCCCGAUGAGCCGUCUCGGCAGUGCUCGGACUAGUGAAGUGCGCGUGUUCCCUCCGCGCCCGCUGUGCUCUCUGCCAGCCCGUGGCGCUGCUAACCUCUGACUGAAGUGCCGGGCCGAAGUGGGCGGCCAUCAUUGAGGUCAAAAUGAUCGUGAGCGUUAAGUCGCAAAUUGGAACAAAUUUGCUGGCGGCCGACUAACAAGAAGUGCACUGGGCCGCGGGGAGGCCGGGACGGCCGGUGCCGAGUCGCCCCCGACAGGCGGGCUCGGCGGGACGAGUAGGCUGCUCCGAGUUCACUGAGCGUCAGUGUGCACUGUGCCUGGCUCAGUGAGUGGGAGUGCGAGCUAUUGUUAGCUCAGUGAACAGCGCUGAGCUUCCCAAGCUUAGUGAGGGGUGGUGUGAGUUGUCCCGGGCUCAGUGAGCGACUGUGAGUUCAGUGAGAGGCAGUGUGAGCUACUCUGAGCUCAGUGGCAGCGUACCGCGGAUCGGACUGCAGCGGGCGGCAUUUGGAGUGCGCGUGCUGUGGCGUAAGUGCUCGUGAAUCGUGUUCGAACCAACGGACGGCAGCUCAGGCCGGCAGAGGUCUGGCUGAACGCUAGUGAUUGGGUCCAUCCGCCCUCUGCUCAACAAGCAAGUCCGAGCACUCGGCUAGUAAGCGGCGGGUGGUCACGGCACGGCACCAUUCAGCCUACUAGGGAGCACGUCUCCAUUCAGCUCCUCGGUGGCCAUCCCGUGCGUCCGGCGACUGUCCAGUGACUGUCCUGUCACUCCCCGGCGACCGUCCGGCGGCCGGAUGGGUGCCAUGGAGGCGCGCAUGAAGCUCGGCUGGCGCUCGCUGCUGCCGUGGCCGUCGGCUCGACACGCCGACACGGCGCCGGCCUGGAGCGAGCCGUCGGCCGCGCGCGCCCGGCCCGUGCCCACCUACGUGCUGCGCAGAUGGUUUCACCCCAACAUCACCGGGCUGGAGGCAGAGAGGAUGCUGAAAACGCGCGGCUUCAACGGCAGCUUCCUGGCGCGCCCCAGCAAAUCGAACCCGGGCGACUUCACACUCUCAGUCAGACGAAAUGACGAGGUCACUCACAUCAAGAUCCAGAACACGGGCGACUUUUACGACCUGUACGGCGGCGAAAAGUUUGCCACGCUCUCGGAGCUGAUCCAGUUCUACAUGGAGAAACAGGGCCAGCUCAAGGAGAAAAACGGCGAGGUCAUCGAGCUUCGGCACCCGCUCAACUGCGCCGACCCGACCACAGAGAG